AUGACCUCUAGAUUAUGGCUCAGUGGAUGUAAAUAUGAUACUUUCAUGAUAUUCGUUAUGAUUCUAGGCUAUGUGAACGAAUGCUUAUAUCCCGAUCUACACGACUGUUCAGUUUAUGCCUGGUGCAUUAAUACGAAUGGAAGUUACCUAUGUUAUUGUAAAGAGGAGUUCCAAGACACAUCGCCGAGAUUGCUGGAAGAACCAGGCAAAAUAUGUUCAGUGAGAAAAGAACCACCCUCCUUACGAGAGUCAUGUUCAGAAGGAAACUGCGACACGCGAUGGGGAUAUGUGGUACUCUGUUUAAUUAUUCUUGGUGUAUUAUUGUUGCUGACAGUUAUAGAAAUAAUAAUGAAAAGACGAGAGAUUGCAGCUGAAAACAACAAAUACAUGUUACAGGCAGACAAAUAAUGCUGAAUCUAAGCUACAAAUAAAAAUCAAGAAUAAAAUGACGAUGAAGCUGGAAGCAGAUUAUCCUCGAACUGAAACAAAAUUUAACUGAAGCCUAUUUUGUUGAAAUGGUUCAUUUUUCAAAUCCCAAUCUCUUCAACACAUUCCAUACAGUGAUACAAAAAGUUUGUUGAGUAAGAAGCAAUUCAUUGGCUCUAAACUGGCACCACUUGAAGAAAUCCGUGUGUGUCCAGGUUCCAAGGGUCAGAUCAGCUUGAAAGUGAGCCCAACCAACUUCAUGCCAUGCGACUUAAUAGAAUGAUUACAAAUAAUCAUAACUAAUUAAAAACGAACAUUCAUCAUU